AGCCUUCGCAACCUCUUUCAGCCUUCCGCCGAGCGCACAGCCACUCCCUUGCUACUUCUUGUCCCGACCCACUUCGCUCUACAAGCCUCCCCGCUCGCUGACUACCGCAAUAGACGCCACUCGCUUGUGUUAGUGCAACUCCGUCUCGCCUGCCAACGUCCGUGCACGCUGCGCACCUUCCAGCUCGCCCUCCUACGCACGUUCCUCGGGGUCGUCUUUCCCUCGGCAUCAGAAUGUGCCUUCAGAUGCUACUCAAGUCUCUUGAGCACCCUAAGCAGCGCGGCAAACCGCAGGUUGUCGACUGCGGCCUGCGGAACAGGCCCGCUCCGUCCGGCGAAGAGGACCCUGUGCUCUUCGCGCAGCUGUGCGCGCUGCUGUGCACGCCGCCCACCGGUGGGGUGAAGCCCUACCGGCCCGAGGCCCGCUUCAUGCGUGGCUCGCCCAAGGCGACGGAUGCUGAUGGCGGCGUUGUGGAUCCCCUCUUCCUGGAAGGGCUGCGCCGCACCCUUCUCCGCAAGGUUGACAAGCCCACACCCGUAACGUCAAGGCCCGUCAAGGUGCUGGUCACCGUCUUCUGAGACUGAGGCCAACUUCUUACUUUGGCUAGCCAGCUAGCCGCCACUCAGCUCUGGACAAGAGCUAGCGGCACUGCGAGUGUGCGACACCGUUAGUUCCCUUAAGCUGUAGACUUGUAGCUAAGCAGUUUCUUGCUUGAGACCAUGCCGGAACGGCAGUAGUCGUAUGUGAUGGUUACUUAGGAUAGGCCGGCCAGCUGUGACCAUACGUACCGUACUUUGGUUGUGCAUUCGUGAUCCCAUCCACUUGAUGCAUGCGUGUGUGUAUGCAUGCACGGCCUGUUGCUUAGGUGAUCAAGACGUGUAAGGCAGUUGUAGAUGGAUAUGAUGUUAUAGGAGAUGAAGGAAGAGCACGGGUACUUAGCACAAGACACACGACUAACAUUUCUCUGAACACGAGUUAGGACGGGACCCGAGCGAGCACGUGUGCCGUCCUGCACCAGGACGAAACGUAUCAAUCCACUGAAGUCAAUUGCUGAACUGAUGAAGCGUAUUGCAUGCCAUAAUGAGGCAACGAAAGGGGUGUAAGGUAGACCUGCUGGGAAGCCAGCGGGCUCCUCCAAUUGUAACACAGAUAAGUG